AUGGCUUCAGAAUUCUUCGUUUCCCUGUGGGAAUCUAUCUUCACACCCGGUCCCACUCCUGUUCUUCUCGUUGCGACCAACGCCACUUUCGCAGCUUUACAGCUCGUGUUCUUCCUCCUGUUGGUCGCUACCUACAGCAUCCAUUUUGUGGUUUUAUCGUUCCUGUGUGGUGGGCUAUGGUGGGCUAUCAAUUGGUUCGCAGCUGAGCUGAAGAGAGUGAAAGAGGAAGAAGAGGCACGAAAGAAGACAGAAGGGGUAGCUGGAGGAGAUGGCAGUGAUACGGACGUAGAGACUGUUGUUGAUGACGAGGGCCCACCAGGGAGCAAGGAGGUUGAGGUGUUGGAAGUGAAAGGGGAUUUGAAAAGUAGAUCGCGUUCGACGGGAGGAGGGAACAAGAGUGAACCUAGUACGGAGGAUGAGUGGGAGAAGGUCAGUGAGAAUGAAAAGGAUAAAUAA